UUAUGUACCAAUUAUAUCACUUUUUGUUACUUAAGCCUACACUGGUAUGCCAGCAAGAUUGGCGCCAGCUACUGUAUCUGAUCGAAAUUUGAUUGAACAACAAUUAUCGACGUAGGUACAUUAUGAAUACGCUACGAAAAUAUGUCUAUAACCUCCGAAAAUACACAAUUGCGAUACCAAAUUAGUACUUACUCGCGAAUUCUCACAAACAAGGUUAUCACUUGCAAAUCGCUCAGCAACCAAUGGCAUUUGUGCGCAGGAAAUCUCAGUUCAAACAUGGCUCUAUCGUCUUUAGAACCAAGAGCGACCCAGACGCCAUGGAUCUGCUUAUACAGCGCUGUGUGUCUUGGUCGAUUCUCGACUUCGGUGAAAGAUAAACAAAUUUGUUGUUUUGUGGGUGUUUCUGGAAUGACAUGUCGAACGACUGUCGCCGAAUUUGUUGUGACGGAAGCAUUUCAUCAUCGCAGUUCAGCAUCCAAACAACCUGUUCAAAAGAUUGACUAACAGAAUGCUUCUGAAAAGCUACCUAUGGCUGCUGCUAUGCUACGCCCAGAACGCUAGCAGCAACCUGGUCGAGGAAUGCGAAGCGGUGUCUCGGCAUCUGCUGGCGCCCCCGGACCGCCCCGGGGAGACCCUGCCGGUCGAGCUGGGCGUCGAAGAGACCUCGGGCUGCUACUGCCGCGCCACCACCAAGGUCGAGCUCAUCGUGUGCUUCGGGAACUACGAGUGCAAGAGUUUUCCUCAGAUCAAAUUAAAGAGUGAAAUACUGAGGGUGAGAAUGACAGUAAUAGUCAAAAUCUCAGAAGGACAGCUGGAUACUCUUUAUCAUCUGAAAGUUUUGGAGAUUGAAGCAAACCACAAGCUACAGCACUUAGAAGCUGGACUAUUCAAGAACUUGACGAAUUUGCGUCAUCUAUCCAUAUCAUACAACACUCGCCUGCACACCGUUGGACCCAAAACAUUCGAUGGUUUAAUUAAUCUUCAGAACUUAACACUAGUCAAUAAUGGAUUUACUAAUAUAUUAGAUUUAACAAUUGCAUUUAAGCCUAGCAUUCUCCCUUUACUUAAAUGGUUAGAUCUCUCAGAAAAUACUUUUGAAACCAUCCCAGAGAAAGCAUUUGAGCCCAUGGAAGGUACUAAGUUGAAAAAACUUGACAUCAACUUAUGUAGAUUAGAUUUUGUACACCAAAACAGUUUUCUCCCAUUGAAGCACAUGAAAGAACUAAACAUUGGGGAAAAUGAUCUGAACGCCUCUUUAAUUGAACAGUUUUUGUUGAGAAUGGUCGAUGAGGGUAUUAAUCUGACUAGCAUAGAUCUAUCAAGUAUGGGGUUCCGAAGACAACCGCCAAGAGCACUACUUGAUAUUAUUGCUCAAACAUCGAUUAAACGUCUAGAAUUAUCACAUAAUCAAUUUGAAGUAAUUUAUGAUGACACUUUUCCAAAAAUGGUUAGCUUAGAAAUACUUGACUUGAGAAAAGUACUAGCACUAUCCAUAGCAGCAAAUGCCUUCGACCCAUAUAAGUUUCCAAAUCUUAAAGUUUUAUUAUUAGGAGGGAAUAAUCUUCCGGGGGUACACAAAAAACAUCUAUCAGACCAACUACUACUCUUGGACAUGUCCAAUAAUAAAGGCAUGGCUCCGAAUCCAAUGUACUUUGAAAUAGAUAAAGAUACAUUUUUACAAUGUAAAAAGUUAAAAAUAUUGGAUUUGUCAUUUAAUAAAAUUAAAUCUUUGUAUAACUAUACUUUUACUGGUCUAAAUAAUUUGCAAAUAUUAAGUAUUGAAAAUGGUACGUUAUAUUACAUAGGUCCAGGAACGUUCAAGCCACUGUAUAAUUUAGAAGUAUUAAAUCUAGCCAACAACCCUUUAAACGUAAAUCAAAACCUAACUGGCACUCAAUUUCAGGGAUUAAAUAAAUUGAAAAUUUUAACUCUGUCAAAUUGUGGCAUUAGAUAUUUUUAUGAGGACGAUAAUAUAUUUGAGAUGAUGCCAAAUUUAACACAAUUAAUACUAAACAACAACCAACUAAGUUAUUUAUCAGCUGAAAUAUUAAAACCACUGAAAUUUUUGGAACUUCUGGACUUGAGUGAGAAUUUGUUAGUGUCUUGGUGGAGACCGUUAUUUCUGGCAUCUGGAAUCAAACCCUGGCGAUCGUAUUUUACAAACAAUAAAAUAUCUCACUUUUCAAUUAGUAUGAUUGAAGAUAUCAAUUUUUUAUUGGAAAAUAGAGGAAACUCUACAAUUACUAUAAAUUUUAUGGACAACGUAUUCUCAUGUGAUUGUGGUGCCAUGUACAAAACAUAUUUAUGGAUGCAAGUGAAUGGAACAAAGAACCUGAAACGUUACUUCGAUCAUUCUAAAUUCCACUGUAGUGGUCCAGAUCUCUGGGAGGGACGACUUGUCUCAGAGUACUUAUCUACGAUAAAAAAUUUAAGAUGCUUAGUUUACAAGAAGAUUUCUAAUGUUAUGCUAUUAAUGUGGACUGCUCCGUCAUUAGUCACUUUAAUUAUCGUAGUGAUGCUAGUAAUAAUUAUUAUUAAAUACAGGAUUUACAUAACAUACUGGUUGUUUCUUGCAAAAUUAGCUUUAGGAAGAAAAUUAAUCAAAAAAUCUUUAAAAACGGAAAACGUGGUACCUAAGGGAUACAAAUUCGACGCAUUUGUUUCUUAUUGCAAUGAAGACAGAGAAUUUGUUACUGAAAUGCUAUCACAGCUGGAGACAACGCCGUAUAAUUUAAAGUUAUGCGUCUAUGAAAGAGAUUUUGAGAUAGGAUCCUUUAUUUCCGAAUCGGUAUUGACAUGCAUUAAUGAAAGUAAAUACAUAAUUUUAAUUAUUAGCAACAACUUUGCAAAAUCGCAAUGGUGCAGAUGGGAGACCCAGUUGGCAGAAUAUCACAGGCUGUUUCUAGAAGAUGGUUCGAUAUACGAUCCACUAGUAUUAGUGAAAAUUGGUGAUAUAGAAAACAAAUACCUAACGACGACGUUAAAAUAUUUAUUGAAAACUAAGAUUUAUCACGCAUGGAAUGAAAAUAAUCCAGAAGAGUUUUGGAAAAAACUCAGAUGUGUUUUAGUUAAGAGAUAGAAAAAACUUUGACUGUUAAUAAUAAAUGUUUUUUUUAUCGAAAUAUUGGUUUUUAUUUUAAUAUUCGUGUAACAUGUGUUAGUUUAAACUUAAUUGAU